AUGCUUCGAGUUCCGGUGUUUGUCGCGGUGGCCGUCGCGCUCGCUGACUCGGCUGCGGGGUCGACGUUCAAGCUCACAGCGCACUAUUCCAAAGGCUCGUGCGAUGGCCUACCAACUGCCAUUCAGAUCGAGGAUACCGCUAGUUGUGUCGCGACCAAGUGCUCGGGCUCUAAAACGUCGACAAUUUGCUCCUCGGACGAGAAAUAUCGCUCGGGCGUGAACAACCUCUUCGGAUCGGCCCCCUAUAUCCUCCGGGAAGUCUACAGCGACGCGGGUUGCUCGAAACUCCAAUCAGCGGAAGCGUUCAGGGCGGAUGGCGAGUGCGUGCAGUCUAGUGCUGCAGGGACGUUCGUCCGUGGUCUAUUGGAAGCAAACGGAUCCGUGUCGGUGCAGUAUUUCACGGACGCUUCGUGUUCCCCUGUGCGUUUGAACCAUGUUGAUCACGCGUUGAAAGCGACAUUGGGAGGUCAUUCGUGCGACUCGAACGCGGUAAAAUGGUACUCACACUCCAGUGUUCGUCGAUCCCUCGCGGGUGCGGAUGGAGAGCCUGCAGCCAACUCAACCGUUGCCGUCACUACGGCCCCCACCCCUCAAGAACCUGCUACAACUGCCCCCGGUGCCCCUACAUCGCCACCAGCGCCGACGCCAACGCCCACGGCAGCCCCCACGCCAGUGCCCACCGCUGCACCCGCUCCAACCGCGGACAAUCCGUCGCCAGUAAGUGAAAGCAGCGCGGCGACAGCUUCGUCCGCAUCCACUACUACUACUGAAGCUGCGGCGCCGAGUUCCGACAACAGCAAAGAAGCCUCGAGCGUGGCCGAAGAGAGCAAGUCCGGGUCGAUCGAAGACUUUAGUACCAACUCUUCUAGUGAGGCUACACCCACGCCACGCCCGACGACGAAGAGGAAAUCAACUGCGGCACCUUCUACGAAGUCCCCCACCACAGGCAGCUCAAGCAAAGCCGACAGCUCGCACUCCGCCGCAUCAGAGGUGGAAGUCCCCCAGGCUGCCAACGUCUCCAGUGUGUCAAGUACUGCAGAUACCACGGGAUCCGCUGUGACGGACGACAGCUCGAGCGGCAGCAACACGGAGCAAGCUUCGACUGGGAAAAGCUUCAGCACGUUGACGCUGGUGGGGAUAGCGGCCGGUGUCAUUGCGGUUGCAGUCGUGGGCAUCGCGAUCAUUCUUCGCCGCGUCCGAGCUCAGACCAUCGCGCAGACGCCCGUGCCAGGAGCGGGCUUCCUCGAUCCGUACAUGGGCCAAACUUCCCCCUACGACCCUCGACGGCACAACCAGCAACGAGGUGAACACAUUCUCUAGAAUUCGCCGCGUAGAUCGGCCGAGAGAAGGCCGCAAUGUGUUUAAGAUUGCGGGGUGGGAGAUCCCCGGCUUGCUAUGUGUUUGUGCGUAGAUGUAAGUUUCGUAUAGUAGACUGAGUUUUCAAU